AGAAGUACAAACUCGCAAAUGUCCGGGUUUUAAUCUGCUCCCAACGAAGUGUUCUCUCCAUGUCCAAUAGCAGGGUGCAAGAUGCUGGAGGCAGGAGACUUAGUAACAGCUGGCGUAGGCGGGGGAUGGGCGAGGUGCCCUCUGAGCAGGCUCUGCCUCUGUGAUUUCAGAGUUACAAGUCUGGAGAGUUCAUUCCUACAACAGGGCCUUGCAAUUAGCAGUAACAUUUGCUUUCAGUUCUUACAGUUGUUGCUGCUGCUGCUAUUGGGAGUUCACGUUUCCAGUUUUUUAAUUCUGUUCGUCUCCGUACCCCCAGUAGGUCCGAAAGUGCAAGACAUUUUGCACGAAUUUUGUGAGUGAGCGUGCGUACGCGAGGAAUAAGGAGAGGGUUAGAAGAAUGUGUCAGGUAGGCGGAGCGACCCGGACGGCUUAAUUUGCACAAGGGGCGGAGUUUUGUGUCGGUGUCCGGUCCCGCAACCGUGCGUCGGGAGGUCAGGGAGUGAAUGAGGUGGCACUUGAAUCGGGGAGGGGGCGUGGCCUAGGGGAAGGUGGGAGGUGGGGGAAGGGAGAGGCGGGCGCGUGGCCAACCUCCCCGCCCGUGGAGGCGGAGCUCUGGCGGGAGGCGGGCUCUGGCUGUGGUAGUGUCACACACGCGGCGGUUCCGGAGGCGGCAGGAGGCGCCGCCGGGACGGGCACAGUCUGUUGCUUACUCCCUUUCUCUCGCUCUUUCUCCGGGCUCCAGGAGGGGUAGGAAAGGGGGAGUGAGGUGGAGAGGCGGGGAGAGGAUCGCACAACCCUCCUUGCUGUCAGUAGAGUUGAUAGGGGGAGCCGAGAAGGAUCCCUCCCCGACCCCUCGUCGGGAGCAGGAAAAGAGGGACUGGGGAGAAGUUCAAGCCGAAAGCGGUAGGAUCCAGGCAGCGGCGGCGGCGACCUCGGUGAAGCAGCCGAGAGGAAAAGGAGAAGGAGGAGCUGGCCCUGCCGCAGGACGUAUACCGGAGCAAACGAAAGCAGAGGAGUGGAGCGAGCGAGCGUCCGUCCAGGUGCCAGUGCGCUGGCUCCCCAUCCCUCCCUCUGCGGGAGUGAGGGGGACACCCGAGGGGGACAGCGGCUGCCCGGCCCCCUCUCCUAGGGCUUCAGGGUGAACAGAGCCAGUCGGACCUGCGGAGCCCGAGCCCGGGAGGAGGCGGCGUCGCCGCUGAGCGCUCAACGAGCGGCUGCGGCAAGAACUUGAACUUGACGCUGAGCCUUUUCUAAGGGGUCUUGGGACCCUUGACGAGUUAGGUGGAAGGGGGUUCGGUUGCAUCUGCUUGCCUUUCUCUUCGCCUUUCGCCGCUGACGCCGCCUUUCCGAGGAACGGAGCCCGGAGCCAACCUGCCCGCCUGUCUCGUGGGGAAGAGGGGUUCGUGGUGGCUGCCUACGUCCCCUGCAGCCUGCGGAUGGCAGCGGCCGGUCCGGCCCGGGCUCCCCUGUUGCUGCUCCUCGGGCCGUAGGGGGGUCGGCUCCGGGGCAGUCCAGGCGGUGGCAUCAUGGCUAAGUGGUUGAACAAGUACUUCAGUUUAGGGAAUAACAAAACUAAGAGCCCCCCGCAACCUCCCCGGCCGGACUACCGCGAGCGCGGGCGCGGGGGUAGCAGCAGCGGCGGCGGCAGCAGCAGCAGCCGGGGGGCGGCGGCGGGGGCAGGUGGUGGCAGCGAGAGGCGGCAGCAGCAACAGCCCCCGGCGGCCUCCUGUUCGUCCUCCUCGUCCUCCUGCUUUUCAGCCUCAUUCCGGGAGGACAGCGGCAGCACCAGCGACCUGAUACGCGCCUACCGAGCCCAGAAGGAACGCGACUUCGAGGAUCCCUACAACGGCCCCGGCUCGUCGCUGCGCAAGCUGCGGGCCAUGUGCCGCUUGGACUACUGCGGGGGCCAGGACGGCAGCGGGGACAGGACCUUCUCCUCCGCCUCCUCGUCCGCCGGCUGCUGCUGCACCUCUGGAGGCGGAGGGGGAGCCGCUGCGUCCUCUUCGUCUUCCUCUUCCCCGCAUCUCUUCCGCAGCAACAGCGAGCGGCGACCGGCCACGCCGCCAGAGGUCAAAUAUAUCUCCCCCAAACACCGGCUCAUCAAGAUCGACAGUGGCUGUGGAGGGGGCGGCGGCGGAGACCCCGGGGGAGGCGGCAGUAAGAGUAGUAGCAGUAGCGGUAGCGGCAGCAGCAGCGUCCGUACCUGGAGUCCGUCCGCCUGCGGCAGCAGCAGCAGCAAGAAACUGCUCAACAGGUGCCCGGAAGAGAGCGGCGCCACUGGAGGCAAGAAAGAUAAGGUUAUCAUUGCAGAUGAUUAUUCAGAUCCCUUUGAUGCCAAGAGUGAGCUGAAGAAUAAAGCAGGAAAGGGAGAAAGUGCUGGCUAUAUGGAGCCCUAUGAAGCUCAGAGAAUCAUGACAGAAUUUCAAAGGCAAGAAAGUGUGAAAUCCCAGAAUAAAGGUGUCCAGUUGUAUGACACUCCUUAUGAGCCAGAAGGCAAUGGUGUGGAUUCAGAUUCUGAAAGCUUGGUCAGCCAGCGUUUAAGAGAAAGCAAAUUGCCACAGGAUGAUGACAGGCCUGCAGAUGAGUAUGAUCAGCCUUGGGAGUGGAACAAAGUCACGAUUCCAGCCUUAGCAGCUCAGUUUAAUGGUAAUGAGAAAAGGCAGUCUUCCCCCUCACCUUCCAGAGACAGACGUCGACAACUCCGAGCCCCAGGUGGAGGCUUCAAACCUAUCAAACAUGGAAGCCCAGAGUUCUGUGGGAUAUUGGGAGAAAGAGUCGAUCCUACCGUCCCAUUGGAAAAGCAAAUAUGGUAUCAUGGAGCAAUCAGCAGAACAGAUGCAGAAAACCUCCUCCGGUUGUGUAAAGAGUGUAGCUACCUUGUAAGAAAUAGCCAAACAAGCAAGCAUGACUAUUCUCUGUCACUGAAGAGCAACCAGGGCUUCAUGCACAUGAAGCUGACGAAAGCCAAAGAGAAAUAUAUCCUGGGGCAGAACAGCCCCCCGUUCGACAGCGUCCCUGAAGUCAUCCACUACUACACAACCAAAAAACUACCCAUCAAAGGAGCAGAACACUUGUCCCUGCUCUACCCUGUGGCUGUCCGAACCCUAUGAAAGGAGGGCCUGUCCACCUCUCCCCACGGAUGGAGAAGCAAGAAGAGCCCUCCCAGUGCAGUGACCGGAGCGCGGGACUGAGGGAGGAAAACAGAGCUACUGCUUUUCACCGUAGAUUGACUGCCUGUGUUCUAAUCAUUAGAGUGGUACUUUGGCCCUCCUGCAUGUCUUUAGAACCAUGUUUCUAUUUAAGGGGAGGAACCAUAUUUAAAUGUGAUAGCAGAUAAUCCAGCCCUACCCCCACCCCACAUCUCCUUUUAUUUCCUGUGAAUUAAAAUAUUUUCAAAUCCAAAGAGAUGCCUUCCAGGGUAAACAGAGCAAAGCAGCUUAUAGCAAACAGUGAGCUCCAAGGAUUUCCAUUUCUUUGUUCUCCUGCCUGUCAUGAACUCACACCUGUAUAUGGAAAAAAAAACCCACAAUAAUAAUAAUAAUGAUAAUUUUCCACUGGUGCUAUACUGUCCCCUAUUGAUAAUGAGAACAGACAGAUGCUGGGCCUUUCAGGACCUAGAGAAUGACAGCACAUUCAACUCAUUCCCCACAGGAGUCUUCAGAACUCUGCUUCUUGUGCGUGCGUGUGUGUGUGUGUGUGUGUGUGUGUGUGCGUGUGUGCCUGCUGUACGUGUGUGCUUGGGUGUAUGUAUCCUUCCACACAUGGCUGGUCAGGCUAAUCCAACAAAGAAGUUCUUUCUCUCCCUUGAUGUGACUAGGAAACCUUUCUCGACGGAAUCAUUUUGCAGUAGCAGAAAGAAUUCAAUUAUUUAUGACUAGGGAAUGUAAAUAAAAUAGUGGUUUAAUAUAUAUUAUAUAUAUAUAUUUUUAAUCUUUUUUUUUCCUUUGGUACAACAAUAAAUCUCUAUGGGUGUAUCUGUUCACUCACAAGUUUCAUUCAGAAGCCAUGUCAGACACUGGCUUCUACCUUAUGGUAGUUAGUGCAUUGUGGCCAAUGUCUCAUUAACAGGACUAGGUUAGUCCAAUGAGAAUGGAAAGUGGGGAUGGGGGCGGGGAUGGGGUGCAACUUGGGUUCCAGGCUUUCAAAAGGCUGUCACUGUUUAUCUCAUCUCAUUUUCACAAGUAGUGCAUGAAUGAGUACCACUGAAAUAACCAGUCCAUGAUACUUAAUGUCCUUUUUGCCUCAGGGAUAGAAAAGCAUUCUAGAAAUGGUGUUUCCAUUUCUCUAAGUCAGAAUGAAUCUUAAGUAGACAAUGGAUAGCAAACAGUAAAUCUGGCCUUUCAGAGGGCAUCAGUUUGGAAACACCUGAAGGCCAAAACUCUGGCUCAUCUUUCUAGCUAAGUGUAUCAUCAAGACCUGUAUGGGUUGUUAUCAUCUAGUUUCUUGGAAGAAAAAAAAAUAAUUGGCAAAGUUGUGUUGCUUCAGAAAUACAAUCUGAACCCUCCUCCCUGACUUCCCAACAAUCCUGAUACACUGAAUGGGAUAAAUGACAGAAUCAUGACCAUGAAUGAUGCACAACCUGUUCAGAGAGCUCACCGAUACUGCUGCAGUCCGUCCUCUAUCCUGUCUAAUGCUGUAUUUCUCCAUUUGUAAUUGAGGCCAAAUCAAGAUUAUGUAGCUUGCAAUUUAACAUGCCUGAGAAAAUUAUGAAAAUAUUUACUAUUUAAUUCUCCCUUCUUUCACACUAUUUCCCAUUCAUUCACCAACCAGACUUUGGUUCAACAUUGAAUGGAAAAAAAAAAUAGUUUUGAUUAAUCAUUUGUUCUAAAGCCUCCAACAGACAGUAACUCCUUGAUGGGAAAGCAAAAAGGGGUGGGCUUAGGCAGUAGGACCAGCAUUAGACCCUGAGCUGAGGUCUUUUGCUUCCUGACUUGUGUCGAAGCCUUUGACACAGUCAUUUGUAUUUGUUCUAGAUAAUCCCAGUGAGGAGUAGGAACAAACUUUAAGGCCCCCCAGGAAAUACUUGGACCAGAAAUCAGAUUGCCCCUUUAGCUGACUUAGUUUGUACCUAAAUGUUCUGACUUAGAGCUAGAGAGGAAGGAAAAAUCCUGGGAAGAAUUGUUCGGCAAUCCCUUUCUAUCCAUCCACAGACUUUCUCUCCAAAAGAAGUGCUUCCUUGUGGAGGAGGGCAGCCUUCCUUUCCUUGCUCAUUCAGCAUCACUGGGAUCAUUUCUAAAGAUCACUUUUCUCCAGCUGCUAAAGCAAGUCUGUCCCUGAAAAAACCUGGGAUUUCUACCUGAGCUGCUGGUACGCUCUGACCGCAAUCUUCGUUAGGUUUCCAAAGUAAAGAGCCUCGGGCUUGGUCCUGUUUUUUAGCAUCAGAUACAUUCCAUGAAGCCAGAUUACCUGGUGUGAUUUGUAUUUGCCUGCCCUUUUUUGUGACAUGCAAGUAAGUAGAAUCUGCACUUUGCAUGGAAAUGCCAACAGGGAUAUACCAUGACGAGGGAAGCUAUUAGUGAUGUCAUCUUUUCGAAAGGAUUAUGUCCUGCACGAUUAACCAUUCUCCUUAAAUAUGCAAGUCUGGAAUUGCACACAUGUCUACAGCAGCUUUGCGGUCCACCUGAUUACAUCUCCACAAACUAAAUUAGUUUCCUAAUCCAGAGUCAUAUGUUCUCUUUGGAUAGUAUUAAUAUAAUGGAGGUUGUUUGUUUGGUUUUUUUUAAGCAAAAAUGUUUCUUAAGGAAAUGCUCCACUCCCUAUGUGCAGCCGAAAUAAAAACAGGAGUUUGUUUGCACUGACUUUGUCUUUGCUUAUUGAUGUGAUUAUAAGCCUUCGGAGCUCCCCAGGAAUCAUUAUCAAGUUUACCCAAGACUCCUAAUCCAUUCCCCUUAGUGAGGGCCUAGGAGUGGACCAAAUUGAAGAAGCAAUGUGUUAUCACAGACUCACUCCCCAUUAACAGUUUUCAUAUGUGUCUUUUUUGGUGAACCUCUCCCUCUUCCUCUGAUUGUGACUGCUUCCUGUCUGUCAGCCUUUAUUCAUAUUUUCUUGAACAUCUAACAAUUGAAGCUAUUUUUCUCUUUCAGAAGUACUCACAUGUAGAUUACUUGGGAUUUUUUAGUUAGUUCCAAACCUAGGAUGUCAGCAGCGAGUAUUAAAAGUAAUAAUUAAGCUCUAUUUCAUGCAAGGAAAAAAAGAACUGUUAUUGCAUCUCAGUGCUUCUCAGUAUUUUAUCUUUAGGGGAAGGAAAAAAAAUCUUUUAAGUAAUUGCAUUUCAUCUAAAACUCAGAAAAUUGAUAUGUAACAGUGCUGGUGUUGGGGUCAAGAAGACCUAGAUUCAAAUCCCACCUUUUACACUUAUUAACUAUGUCAUUUAGUGGAAAAUCACUGAGUUUCAGUUUCUUCUUCUUUAAAAUGAGGGGCUAGUGUCCCUUUCAAGUCUAAAUCUAUGAUUUUAUGGCAUCUCCAAUCACCACACUUCUUAUGACACUGUCCCAGGAGCAUCCACAUAUUCAACCAUUUGAUAAACAUAAAGCUUCCAUUUGGGAUGCCUUUUUUUUUUUUUUCAGUUAGCACCUCAGAGCAAGUGCCCAAAAAACCUGUCUACUUUCUAGAGAACAAAAAGAGGGCUUAGGAGGGAAAAAUUUCUGAUCCCUGGUUCCCAAACUUCCCAGGUGUUUCAAGGACUUGGGUAUGAACCAUGCAAAGGAAAACCUUGAUUAAUAAAGGGAUCCUUGACGAAGCUGCCAUUUACCAGAUUUGUUUCAUUUGGAGAGGGGCCUGUGAUUUCAUUGAUGUAGGGACCUGCUAGGCAAAUCUGCAACUUUCCAAAGUUCAGUCAUUUGACUUUAGUUCUGAGAAUAAAUGGCCUGAUGUGACCCAGACGGGACCUUAAUCUUUUUGACUCAGAAGACUGACAGAUACUACCUUGUCUUUGUCUUUUUUUCCCUGAAGGUCAUUUCUUAAAUUGUCCAGAGCUGCUCCUACAAAUCUUGCUGGAACCAGCAUUCUUCCUCAAUUUUUUGUCAUUGUGGGAAGCAUUGCAUUUGUUCAUUCCAAAAGAUUUACAAUGCUGUCCUCUCACAUCAACACUUUGAAGAACCAAAUGAGCAAGAGAAUAAGAGUUGUUAUUUUAGGAUGAACAGGUGAAGUCAUUUCACUCAAAGGUUCACCAUCAGUUCUAGAAUGACACGAGUUCAAACUCAAGUUCUGCUAUAGCUUUGAACAGGGCCCCUGUGAACAGCUUUGCCAUUUGGCUCUCUGCUCAUUUCACUAGAUUUUUUCUUGGCAAUCGGAGCAGAACACCCUGUAGAUGUACAAGGCAAUGGUUGCACCAAUAAUCUCACCCCUUCUUCACAAAAGAACCCACAGAAGGUACAUUACUAGAGUUAUCAGGGAACUCUGUCUUCUUCUCAUGCAAUAUUUAUCCACUGGGGCAUCCAGCCAAUGACCACUGGUAGGUAGAUAGAGCCUUUUCACUCUUCAAGGUUAAUUUACCCGAGGGCCACAGAGGAGGCGAAAUGGGGGUUUUAUCCAAAAUGACCCAGCUCCAUUAUGCAUGUGUGGUUAUAUAAUGGUGCCUUCAAGACCUCAGCACUGGUGAAAUCUCCUAGGUAGGUAAGGUAGCUCAUGAAUGCUGUUCUCCCAAGGAUUCUUCCAUGUGGAAUAUGUGCCAACUGUACUCGGCUGUUGUGUGUGUCACCUGUCACUUAUCAGUCACUGCUGUAAGUUGUGUAUUGGGUAUCUACCAUUUAAAAGUUUCAUGGAAACUUUGAAUGCAAAUUGUGAGUGUUUUCAUUCUGUGUAAUAAAAUGUAUAAAGAUGUAUAUUUAAUGUGAAACUUUUAAUAUAAAAGUGUCUUGUUAAAUGCA